GCAUCAGCUCGCCGAGCAGUCAUUAUGCACGGACUGAAGUACCUAUUAGAGUUCCCAAUCCUCUCGCUGUCUUGUGUAGUGCGUAAAGAAACUACAGCGCUGAGAGAAUCUGGUUGGAUAUUCACGGCCAAACAAAAGGACACUUGUUAAAAUUCAUUCCGCUUUAUUCUGAGGAGUCAACAUUGAUUUCCAGCUUGGAUGUAGCGGCGGUCUUCCCACGGUGAACGUCGCUUGUUUGGAGGAGAACAAAGUUUUGGGACACUUGAAAAAGAUUUGUUUGUAGAUAACUGUUAUCUACUUCACGCGCAGUGUUAAUACGGACGAGCGCGCGCAGAGCGGACACUCUUCACAUGCUGAGCCAUGGAGACGUUGACUUCAGCAAAACUUCACUGCUGCCUUUCAAUAUUCACAUUUCUGUGCUCUAUCUCAGGUGACCUGGCCCAACUUCAGCUGCCUCAGAAAAAUGUAGAAGUAAUCCAAGGGAAGAGGGUAGUGCUGCAGGCUUCUUACACUGGUGCAGAGAUUAAGAAAAGUACAGUGAUCUGGAGCUACAUGCCCGGCAUCACAGAAAUGGUCAUUUCAUAUGCAGAUGGAAGCAUUAGUAAUAGCACUUCCCAGUUUGCAGGUAGAGUAAGUUUUAGUCAUAAAAUGCCAAACACCAACCUGUCCCUGUACAUUGACAACACCAGAGCAUCAGACUCGGGGAAGUACAUGUGCCAGGUCAUCAUACCAGCAGGCCCAGGAUUCACUGGAGAGCUCACCCUUAAUGUUAAAGUCCCUCCUUCAGUGCCAGUUUGUCAAGUUAAAGGAAAGCCUGUUCUUAAAGGGAACAUCACUCUGGCUUGUAACUCUAAAGAUGGUAAACCGACACCAGGAUACAAGUGGACCAAGACCAGCCCCACCUCAGAGAUCUUCUUUCCUCCCGCACAAAAUGAAACAGCUGGAACUUUAAAACUGAACAACCUGAGCAGUAAUAUGUCGGGCAAAUACAAGUGCACAGCAUCCAACUCUGCAGGAGUGGAGACGUGCUAUAUCAACCUGGAAGUCAUCACAUCGACUUAUGCAGGGAUGAUCGCUGGUGUUACGGUUGGUUGUAUUGUGGCUCUCAUCCUGAUCGUUCUUUUCUUCGUCUUCAUGUGGACAAGACGGAAAGACACAGAGGAGGACUUGGCCAAUGAAAUCAAAGAGGAUGCUCAGGCUCCCAAACGCAUCUCAUGGGCCAAGAGUGGCACUGGAUCUGACAUCAUCUCUAAAAACGGCACCCUGUCCUCCAUUCACACCGGCUCUUACCCACGAGACAUUCAGAACCACCACCAUUACCCUCACUCUGACACCGCGUCCAUCCUCACGGCCACGGGGGGCAGCAUAAGCGGCUACCGCUCGCAGCCUCCAGCAGACGCCACACUGGAGCGCACAUUGCCUGGCUACAACACCAACCAGACCCUGCCUCGUGGACCUUCGAGACCCCCCAGCACCAGUGGAGGCUCCCAGCACUCCUCAAUGCCACGGCCAGCUUCCGCCCAGCCUCAGAUUCCACGUCCGCCCAUGCUGCCCACCACCGUAACUACUGCCAACAUCUCCCGCAUGGGAGGGGUACCCAUUAUGGUGCCGGCGCAAAACCAGGCUGGCUCUCUGGUGUAGAACCAAACAUUUCUGCUCAACCCCUGAAGGGACAGAGAGAAUAGGACAUCACGUCUGCGGUCCCACGAACUGAAGCACAUUGGGAAGGAUGGAAUGGAACCGAUAAGCAUAUUGCCUCUGUAUGGAAACCGUAUGAUGUAUUUUUCCAUUUU